AUUACAGUGGACAAUAUGAGUGACGCGGAAUGCUAUAAAUGCCACGAGACGGGCCACUUUGCUAGGAAUUGUCCAAAUGGAGGAGAAUCAGGCGGCGGUCGCGGUGGAGGAGGUGGUAGUUCGUGCUACAACUGCGGCGAACAAGGCCAUUUCUCUCGUGAAUGCCCCAAUUCGCGUGAUGGUGGACGCGGCGGCGGCGGCGGCGGAGGUGGCUACAGAUCUCGUGGCCAAGAAUGCUAUCAAUGCGGAGGAUCCGGUCAUUUCGCUCGUGAAUGCCCCUCAGGCGGUGGAGGUGGCGGCGGUGGCGGUGGAUACCGUGGAGCGCAGAAAUGCUACAAUUGCGGUCGACCCGGUCACAUUUCGCGUGACUGUAACGAAAGCGGCACAGCCGAGGCCAAACGUUGCUACAAAUGUCAGGGAACAGGUCAUAUCUCACGAGACUGCCAGCAGUAGAGAUCUCAUCUUCGAUUUUCUCCCUCUUGUACAGUGUGGCGUGUGUCUCGACGAUAGCUCGAAUUAUAUCUCAUUCCGUUUUCUUCUUUUUUUCUCUUGUUACAAAACAU